AUGAAAACUUAGGUAUUGUCGUUUGAAAAUAACGCCUCAUUUUCCAAUGAGGAAGACAACCAGCCCAUCCAGCAAUCCAUUAAGGUGAAGCAGUUUGUUCCAUCAUCGUUAGUUCGAGCAACUCUUCCAGUCAAUCUUUCAAAUCAGUAGUCUCACUAAAAUCAAUUCAGCAGUAAUGCAUACUAAAAUAAUGAUAAUAUUCAAUACUAAAUGCAAAUGUAACAAUCUAAUAUUCAGACUAUUAUUCAACCCUAGAAACCUAUUAGAAAGCCAUUUCUGACUGGCGGAUUAUCAUAAAUUGCUCCACCUCCUCAGCAGAUAUAAAAUCUUAGCUAAUUUAAUAACACUACUUAAGAUCUAUCAAUAACUGAUCCCAUUCAAGAAGAAGAUGAAGAGGAAAAUCUGAGUUUCUAAUAAGAACUUGAACUUUUAGAAGCUGAACCUUCAAAGAUAAAUAGCUAGCCUAAAGAAGAAAAAAUAAUUGUUCAUAACAAAAAUCUUCUCUUUGAUGUUGUUCCUGAUGUCCAGAAAAAUACUUUCUUAUCAAAUAAGGUAACCUCUUCAUAACCUAAGAAAGGAACUGGAGGAUUGAUAUCGAUUAAAAAUUAAAGUUAAGAAAAACCCAGUUUAAGUGGAUUAUAGAGAGUAAAAUAGGUUACGAUAAGCAGCAAAGAAGACUUAUUAACUGAAAAUAAAUCAGGAUCUCAAGAUUAACAGAGUAAUAAGUUUGGAAAAAUGCAAUAGCCACCUUUCAAAAAUGAAAUCAAAACUGGCCAAUAGAUAAUCACUUAGAUAGAAAAGGCAUAGCCACUUAACUAAGUUAUAAACAAAACUGAGGUAAAUGCACAAUAAAUAUAACCACUAAAUCAAAUUAAUAUUGUAUCGAAUACGAGUUAGAUUAACAACUACUCUUAAUAGACUCAAUAAAUGCAACAAUAACCACUUUAAAUGCCUCUUCUCCAAAAUUAACUUUUGCCUUUAGGGAAUUUAGGUGCAAUGUAAUAGAAUCAAUAGCCCUCAAGUUACUCUGAAUAACUGUAGUAGCAACUCAAUUUGAUAAUGUAAAUGCAUUCAUAACUUUAAUUUCAGAUGCAGAAUUAAAAUGGAAUAGCUGGAAAUCCAUUUGCAAUAUAGAAUUCAUCACAAAUGCCAUUCAUUUAACCAUAAAAUAUCUCUAACUAGUAAUAGUAAUAACCCAAUCAUGGAAAUCUUUAGAAUCCAUAAAAUACCUCUAAUGGCUAAACCUUUGGACUUUAAAACUAGCCUAAUAUAACCAAUUAGUUGUAGCAAUUUUAGCAGAGUAAUUUAAGCAAUGCAUCCUAGAAUAAUUUGACUUCCUAAUUCUAAAAAUCUUAACAAUAGCUAUUCUAAUCAAAUUUGCAAUAGAAUUAAAACAAAAUUAUCGCAAAGCCAAUAGUCUCCUAGGUUGUAUAGUAACCUGCAUUUAAACAAGCCUAUCCUUAAGAUAGUCUUUUUGGAUAAUUUAAAGAAUCUCUUGAAAAACCCUAAAAUAACGGUUAAUCUAUGCUUGAAUAUGACUUAAAAACAAAGGCAAAAUAUGCUAUGUCGCAAGAGAAUUUUUAGUAAAACAGCGGUAGAGGUUACUAAAGUGAAAACCUCAGCUCCCUGGAUAACUCUAAUAAUAAAAGUAUUAUUUCUCAUACUUAAAAUAACUACAUGCCCCAGAGCUAACCUUAGUAUCCACAUAAAUCUGAAAGGAAUAAAUGUGAAGCAUAAACUGAUACUUUUAAGCUGAAACGAAAACCCUUAAGCUAAGUAAGACCAUCUGAGGUAUAUUCAUCUGCAGGCCAGUCAAUAAUGAAUUUUAAACCUUAUACUUAAAAAGACUAUUCAAAUCUUUAAACAUAGGCGACAUAAUAGAGACUAGGCGGAUUAGGUGCAAAUAUUGGGAAUGAUGACUGGCAAAAAGCUAAGUUAAAGAAAGAUACUAUUUAAGAUUUUUCUUAAAAUGUGAAACUUUAAAACCAAAUCAUCAUUAGGUAAACUUCUAAGCCACCUUAACCACCUAAGCCAAAGGAAAAAACAGCAAGAGAAAAAGCAAUAGAGUUUGCUAAAAGCAAUGUACCAAAACCAAAGCAGAAAUCAAAUUCAAUAAAAGAAGAUAAAAAUUAAAUCAAUAAUACAAAGGACAGAAUUGAAAAUGAGUUUGGAAUCGACGAAAAUUUAGAUGAUUUUGGAACUUUAGUUGAUAUCAAGGCAAAUAAAGCACAAAAAUAUCAAGCUAAAAAUGAUAUUGCUCUUCUUGAUAUGAAGCAUUAAGCUUACCUAGAUGAAGUAGAAAAGAUAAAGCGCAACUUUAACAUUAAAAUAUGA